ACUAGUACUGCGCACAAGUACAGUACAUUUAACUUACAGCAGGUACGGUUCGGUACGCGUAUGGUACAUGUAAGAAGUGUCCACGAACUCCAUCCAUAUAGCCUUGUAUCGGUAAAGUUGCUUUUGCGUGUUCCCAUUCCACAGUAACAACAACAGUAAACAGCUCUCAAGAUGCCUGGUGGUUUAGUCAAAGCCAAGAAGUAUGACUGGAAGGAUUCUAACCUGGCUCUUUUUGGUUCAGACACGGAGAAGCAAGUCAAAAAAGCCUCGGCUGAGACCGAGCCGGCCUGGAGGGGGGCUGGCCAGAAAGUUGGGCUUCAGAUUUGGCGUAUUGUAAAAUUCAAGGUCCAGUCUUGGCCCAAAGAAGACUAUGGAAAGUUCUUCAGUGGUGACUCUUACAUCAUUCUCAAUACCUAUAAAGAGCAAGAUAGUGAAGAGCUUCUUUACGAUGUUCACUUCUGGAUUGGUCAGUACUCCACACAGGAUGAAUAUGGUACCGCAGCUUACAAGACUGUUGAGCUUGACACUCUGCUUGAUGAUAAGCCAAUCCAGCAUCGCGAGGUCAUGAGUCAUGAAUCUAACCUGUUCAAGAGUUAUUUUGCCACCUUGAGUCUGAUGGAAGGAGGUGCAGAAAGUGGUUUCCGUCAUGUCAAGCCCACCGAGUAUGAACCACGCCUUUUCCACUUCCAUGGGACAAAGAAAAGCGUGCAGAUGCGUGAAGUUCCCCUGUCCAGGAAGUCUCUUGAUUCAACUGAUGUCUUUAUCCUGGAUUUGGGAUUGGAAUUGUACCAGUGGAAUGGUGCCACUUGCAACAAGGACGAAAAGUUCAAGGCAGUCCAGUACCUUCAGCAAGUCAAGUCUGAGCGUGGUGGCAAGCCAACAGUUGAAUCACUGGAUGAAAGAGACAUCCCUUCCAGUCACAAGUUUUAUGAAAAGUUGCCUGAUCAGGAAGUGGAGAAGGAGGAAGAAGACGACACAGAUUUUCAGCCAUCCAUCUUUCGGGUGUCUGAUGAGACAGGAUCCAUGGAGAUGACCCUUGUGUCUGAGGGUAAGCUUGGCCGAAGCUACCUUGAGUCUAAGGAUGUGUUUCUGGUGGAUUCUGGGAAGGAACUCUACGUUUGGGUGGGUAAUGGGGCUAGCCCAGAUGAGCAGAAGAAUGGAUUGACCUAUGCUCAUAGCUACUUGAUGAAAACCAAACAUCCUCUCAUUCCUGUCACUGUGUACAAGGAGGGCAAGGAAAGUGCUGAAUUCAAUAGCCUCAUGAAGUAAGAUGGUAGAGCAUAAUAUUGUGAUCUGAAAGAUAUGAUGAACUGAAGCCAACAACCACCAUUUUUUAUAGGUGUUAAUUAGUUAAGUGCUGUAAAAUUCUUGCAUGUGUAUUACUGUAUGAGAUGCAUUGAUGGUUAUUGGAAAGAACUUUUAAUGUUGCAAGCAGCAUUAAUUAAUCAUUGUUUUCCUUUUUCAUAAAAGGGGACAUCAUUUUUUCUUUUGCUUUUCUUGAACCUGCAGAAGUGUCUCAAUAUUAAGACAUUUCAUAGCUCUAUUCAAAGUCGUUAAUCCUUAAGUAUUGUUCCUAUUAUUUGAAAUCCCAUUUUGCAUGUACCGUUGCACAUGUAAUUAGUCCCAGGUCAACUGGAAAUAAUGGGACAUAAUGCAGUACUUUUGGAAGGGUUGAGAUAGUAGCCAGGGUAGGCACACUUCAGAUGUGCUUUAUUUUUUAAAUGUUUGUUUUUGCUUCAUGACAAAAUGUAUACAUAGAACAGUCCCAAAUCCUCCAAUUUCAAUAUGAUUUUACAUACACCCUGAAGGUUAUGGGUAAUAUAACAAAACUUUUUAAGGAGCAAAGUCCGUGAAUCCCUCUUUCUUAAAUUCUCGUCUUUCCUUUGUUUUUCCACUCCGUUUGUGGCCAAGUUCUGGCUAUAGUACACUAAUUCGUCUGGUCACUGCAAUUUUACUAAAGCAAGAGUUGACUGUAUUUAGGUCCCAAAUACAUUCGCGUGAUUCUGUCAAUUUGUUGGCAAGGAUAUACAUGUUUUUGCUCAAACCUCUACCCAGAAUGAAUUUCUUCCCCAGUUGUGUCUGUAGAACAAGCUUUGCCGUCACGGUCUUUCAGUAGUAAUUUCACAUACUGUUUUACAGUGGUUUUCAUUUCAUCUGAUUAUUUAACAUUCCACUGUUCCUUGCUUUUAUUGAAAUUUUCACUCUCAAAAUGAAAAUAGAUUGUACAUGCUACAUGUAUACACAAAUCGAGGACCGAAGCAAUUCCUUAAAUAUGCAGAAGAAAAAAAAAGGAAAGUUGAAUUAUCUUUGUAAAACACUCCACAUUGGUCAUAUUUUAAAGCUUAAACUUUGUUCGUAGGGAUAUUACAGACUCACAUGUAUGUGGGUCUUGGUUGACUGUUGUUGAUAAUCUACAUUGGUGAUAGUCAGUUGAUAUUGUGUUUACUAGAUUUAAAAAUCAACAUUCCUCAAAGGGACCUGGUUAUAAUAUUGUUCAUGUCAUCUAAUCAAGGUUUGUCAAGUGCCUGUUACCUGAAUUUCUGCUUCAAAUUUAUGCAGUUUGUGUAAUAAGAUAUUGUGAUUGGCAUUUUUAAGAUGAUGAAAUGCAUUUGCUUCUAGUGAAAGUAUGUCUUUGACCCUAUGUUCCCAAUGAUUGAAAACAUCAGACAAUAUUCGCAGUUGACAUAAUUGUUACAAACAUUUAUUUUUUAUAGUGAUGCCUAUUUUAUUCCCUUUGAUCAAAGAAAAUGAACAUCAAGUCGUUAUUGAGCUUAUAUACAUGUAUUGUUAUGUGUAUGGGAAUAAGAAAUUAAGUCUAGAGACCUUCCGCGUAGAAGACAGAAAUCAGAUAUAUAUUUUUUUCUAAUGAGGAAUUUCUAGUUUUUUGAAUGAACAAUAAAUUAAACAAAUUUAAGUAGUUACAGCAGCUGUUGCUUGCUAA